UUUUGAUUGGGUCGUGGUUGGUGCCGAGGCCGUAGCACUAAAGAUGAACUUAAUUCAGAUUGUGCGUGACCACUGGAUACAUAUACUUGUUCCUAUGGGAUUUGUUGUUGGAUGUUAUCUAGACAGAAAGAAUUAUGAAAAGCUAACUGCCUUCCGAAACAGGAGUGUAUUAUUUAAAAGGGAAUUGAGACCCAAUGAAGAAGUCACCAGGAUAAACUAUUCUAAUCACGUUUACCUCCCUUCUUGCAUAAGUACAAGUCAUCCCUCACUUAGGCUACUUGAGUUUCUCUCGGUGGCUUAUGGUUUCUUAGAUUCCCAACUCUGUACUGUUUAA